GACUGCGCAUCUGCUGUCUGUCUGCACAUGAGAAACUUCAACGUAAUGUCAGCCUGCGCAGGACAAUAACACAGACAUCUCAUCCCACAAUAACACAGACAUCUCAUCCCACAAUAACACACACAUCUCAUGCCACAAUAACACAGACAUCUCAUCCCACAAUAACACACACAUCUCGAGAUAAAUCUUAGAAUAACACAGACAUCUCGAGACUCCGCUCAGUGUUGGAGAUGAGAGCUGCGCAACAUUCAUGCACAGCAGAAAGUGUGCUCAGACGCUUUGGAUCUGCUCACAUGUAACUUUACUUUGGGUGACGGAUCCACGAUGUUAACCGGUGCGGCGCUCCAGACUCUUGUGCUGGCAGCCGUUUGUCUUUCGAGCCGGGCCGUCCCGCUCAGAAGCAUCACUUCAUCAGAAGAGGACAGAAGAACAGAAUCAAACACACCGUCACCUUCACUUGACCCUCCUGAAGUCUCUUCUGAGCGCUCGCUCUCCUCCUCCGUUCAUGAAGGGUUGGGUAGCGUGAUGGCUGUAGAUGAUGAGGACAGAACGCUCCGCUGGGACUCUUCGUAUCACACACGGACAGCAGACGCACAGCAGAACAAAACCCUUCCAGAAGAAUCUCUUCUCUCAGCGGCAGCAGACAUCAUCACGGAGAACUCUCCAUCAUCUGACCCACCCUCAGAGACCACAGACGACAUCCAGCCGGAGCGUUCACAUGAGAGCACACCUGAACCAGAGGAGGACACACGUCUGCACGUCAGCGGCGGAUCAACCGUCCGUCUCCUCACGUCUGCCUGUGAACUCCAUCAAAGCCUGAAGUCCAGAGACGUGGAUGUUACUGAUGUCUGGACGGAAGCCCUUCAUCUGCAGACAGAGGCUGUGAACGUUGAGCCGUCAUCUCAGGAUCUGCUCACAGACGUCACCAUGUCCUCUGAAGACCUGCCGUUGAUCUUCGCGCCAUUUGAGGACGUCACGCCAGCUGGAAACUCAGCGCCGGGAUCCAGAAUGUCUGUCGCCGUGGCGCCGACAGCAGUAACCGUGGAAGAUGCGGAGCUCAUGGUCUCCAUGGAUACAGAGCACACAUCCUCUCUCUCGGGAAUGCUGGACUGGCCCUCAUCAUGGCAGACGUCACAAACGCAGAUCAAGACAACAGAGCAUGAUGGGAAGACAGAAAAUGAUGACAUCGCUCAGAGGAUGACGGUCACGUCGUCUGAUGGCGUUCAGAUCCCAACAUCCAGAUCAAAGGCAGACACAGAUGUGGAAUAUAAAGAGGAGGCACACGAAGAUGAGGAAGACGAUGGGGGGGAUUCUGAUGAAGAAGAGAGUGAAGAGGACCUAACAGAAACCAGCAUGACGCCUCCCGGCCGUCCCCCCUACAGCCUCAUUCCUCCUCCUCCUCCAGUCUGGAUGCAGGGGAACCCCGGCCUGGUACGCAGUUGGGUUGAACUCAUCAGAGAGAAGGCUGGUUAUGUGUCGGGGAUGUUGGCACCCGUUGGCAUCGGACUGGCCGGAGCUCUUCUGCUGGUGGGCGCUCUGUACAGCAUCAGACUCAUUCAUCGCAGGAGGAGAGAAAACAUCAAACAUCAGAGGAGCAGGCCUCCCAGAGAAGUGCGGAGCGGAACGGACAAUGCCAUGCUGCUGGCUGACAGUUCAGAGGAUGAGUUCUGAUCUCCAGAACUUCACAUCAACCAUGAUUUUCACUUUUAUCUGUUGUUUGGGUUCAGUGUUUCUUUGAUAUUAGAUUUGUUUUCAGGUUGAUUGUCAAUUGACAAAAGACGAAUCUGUGUGUUGAAGUGCCAACAGCAGCUCUUCAGUAUUUCUCUGCUAAAUUGAACUUGUGAUUUGUUUUUGAUCAUUUAAAACCAGUACAAGCAUCAUCUCUUCUGCGUUCCUCUGCCUCCUGUUCUUCUGAUGUGAUGUUGAAAUGAGUUUAAGUUAAAUAUAAACUUUCAUUGUAAAUACACGAUACGUCUGUUUUAACAGCUGUCGUCCAAACACAGACGGAAAAAAAUGGAAUAUAAUGAGAGGCGUUUUUGCUAGUACAUCGUUCCUCCAGCACUUCCAUCUGUGUUAUUUCAUCAUUCUGAAGUGUAGGGACUCAAAUAAAACAAAGAAUCGCCUGAAACUCAUUUGUAGAUGUUUUUUUCUCAUGAAAACUCAAUGGGUCUAAAUGAUAGAAUUUUCUUCAAAAAUCAUCAGAAUAUUAAGUAAAGAUCAUGUUCCGUGAAGAUAUUUUGUAAAUUUCCUACCUUAAAUAUAUAAAAACUUUAUUUUACCUGCUACAGAGCCUCUGAUGGACAACUUUUAAUAUCUCCGCCAGAUAUUGUCCUCGUCUAAUAACUCAUACAUCAAGAGAAAGCUUUUA